AUGAGCAUUCAGGAUGCUAUUAAUCGAUUACCCCAAUUUGAGCAUCAGGUCAACAAACUAAUUAGCGAAGAAAAAUCGACGCGUGGCGAAUCGCAUUUGCGCGCGAGUUUCAUUCGACGAUGUCAUGAUCUCCAGAAACAGAUAAGUGAGCAUGAAAAAAAGACGGAAACAAUUAAAACUGAUGAAGCGAACCAAUUUCGAAAGAAUCGAGCUAUUGAGCAAUUGAGAACUAUGAAGGAUCGAUUAGCUGAAUUUGCACCGGAAAAAGAGAAUACGUCGGGCUCGAAAAUUUCGAAUGAAAAUGAUGAGGACGACGUGAAAGAUGGCCCACCGCAACCGAAAGCUAGAACAAUUGUAAAGCAGCAAAGUUCGAUGUACAACGAUGAGGAUGAUGAGUCUGAUGUUGAAGCUGACAAUGAGGACGACGAGGAGGUUGUAUCAGUUCAUCGGGAAGCAGAAAUUUCUGAGGUCGACGAGCCUUCUGAACCACAGGACCCCGAUAAUAAAAACUUGGUGACUGGAAAUGCGUUCAUUGUUCUCAAAGAUCUACCGCCGUCGGCCGAUGGCGAUCUAGCGAUACGCGAAGGCGAAAUUUUGAAGAUACUUGAGACACGAUCUGAUGGCUGGUGGAUGGCGGAGAACGUCAAUGGCGAUCGCGGAAUGGUGCCGAAGACAUAUUUGAAGCAUUUGCAAAUCAGCACCCAACGAACGAAGGCGUCGAAACGGCUGGGCGUGCGCGAUUCCGUUUUCCAAGCGGCCGCACUUCCCGUCGUGAACGAGACGGAGCCGGUGGCGCCGAUUGACGCCACUGCGGACAAUGAAACGAUGGACGCGGUGAGCAAAUGGAUUGGAAAGAAGGUGGAUUGCCUUGGCGACGCCCUUCGCGUCGACCAUCAUCUCUCCUAUGCGUGCCAUUUGGCUCCAAGGCUAUCGCAUUCGAACAUCGCGUUCCAUGACCUCUUCUGGAACUAUCAGCACGAUCAAGUGCGAAAGCGCGCAAUCCGAAUAUCGAAAGUGCUUCGCCUGGUCCGAAUCGAAGGAAUGCCGUCGAAUUGCACGAAGGCACUUGUGCGGAUUGCUCUACUCGACGAGAGCAAAAAGCUUGGCCGUCAAAUUGUGAGCAACGUGCACACGAUUCAAGCGAAGGUCAAAGGGACCACAUGGAAUUUCGCCAAUAAACAAGAGCACGUUGAUAGCGGAAUUGAGCUAGCCGACGCGCUCAUCCGUUCGAACUACGCUCUUCCCAAUGUGGUGUUGGUAAUUGAAGCGUCAAUGAUUAUAAAGCAAAAUUCGUCAAACUCGGGAUUCAUUGAGAAGAGCCUUGGCGUUCAUAAAAUCCCGUUGCUUGACCAAAACGGGCAACCAGCCGUCGUGAGUCGCACAUACGUCGAGCAUCUGCUUCUGGAGAGCAUUUUUCCGCCGCGCGAACGCCAACACGAAGAGCACACUCGUCGAAUAUUCUUCAAAGUCAUGGACGUGCCAAAAGAUAAAAUUCAUUUUGUCGAUUCAAUGCCUGAUGUGAUUAUAUUCAAUAUCGCGUACCUCCCAUUUUUCUAUUAUUAUCGCCGACGAGCUGGAACGAUUUUAAUCCGUGAUAACAUGAACGCGCUUAGUUCGGAAAUGGUCUCGGAUCCACUGCUCGCCGUAUUUCCGGCGAUAUGCGAGCAGCACGACAUUCUCGACGCGAUGCUCGAUUUGUGGUCGGCGAAACGAAAAUCGAUGGGCAAGAAGAGCGAAGUUGAGCAGACGAUCGAGUUCUUUCAAAUUUUCCUUCACACCGCGUUCUUCCUCUUCAAAACGUUCCCGAUGCCGGAUUAUGAUAUCAACGAUGAAGCGGCGAUGCGAGCGCGCGCAUCAGCCAUCGAUAGUGUGGUUGGCGCGUUGAAGCGAGGCGAAUUGCGUCGUCUCAUCGCCACGACGAAAGCGAGACCGGUGAAUAUAUUUGACUACUCGAUGGAUUUGUUUGGAUCGCACUCAAUUGAUUAG